GUCGCCUGGCGGAAGAAGCAUUAACACGCGCGGAUAGCUCAAACAGUGUGCCGUGCUGUUGACCGUGGUGGACUCGCGAACUGUCGACCAGCCCGUCCGUUUGUGCCGUAAAUCUGGUGACGACUCCGGUGUGAUUCCCCCUUGCGAGUGAAGAAAAUGUGAAAAGCGAUUUUUAUUGCAAAAAUUGAAUCCUAGUUACCGUAGAAGCAAACAAUCAGCGUUCCAGAGCGAACUGUGCGAGAGUUAGUGUGGGGGCCACAGGGAAGGGAGUGUAAUGUCCCUUGGCGAGUGUCGGAUACAAGUGUGGCCAGCGAACAGUGAACAGCAGCAGCAGCAGCAGAAGCAGCGUGAACAAUGGCAACAAUAAUGUCCCACAACCUACCGCUGAUACCGCUGCCACUGAAGGCUAGUGCGGCGGCCCUGGCCAAAGCCGGACUCAUGAUGCCCGGUCCGGCCGGUUUGCUUGGUGGCGCCCUUGGUCUCCCGGAACCACAGCGUUCACCACCGGCUGUGGGUGCCGGUUCCAAGCUGGACGAGACGGAUGAAACGGAUCGAAUGAGCUGCUGCAGUGAUGAUAGUGAACUGUCCGUCGGUCAGGAAGUUCCGGACGAUCUGCGGGCACCGACGGCGGCCACGACGACGGAGGAGAUGAGCAACGAUUCGUCCCGUUACUCCAAGGACGCCGGUUCGGAGCUGGACUUUGUGCGGUUGCACCAGCACCCGCAGAACCAACCACCGGGAAUGUUGCGACCAAGUCCGACGCGCCUACACGAAGAGUUCCUCCGCAACUCGCAGCUAUACGCCGAGGAGCUGAUGCGGCAGCAAAUGCAAAUCGUCGCAGCAGCCCGUGGUCUCGCCAUGACAAGCCCAGGUAGCAAAAGCCCCCUGGAAGCGAUGGCAAACAGUCCGGUAGGGCUGGUGACCGCAAGGAAUCUGCACCAGGAGCUCCACCGGAGUCGUAGCCCGUUGCAGGGAUUUCGUCCAGCACGGGACGCCUAUCGACCGGACAGUUCCUCUUCUCCAGCCAACGAACCGCCCGCUGGAGCAGCAACGGGCAGUGGAAGCUUUCGUGGGCUCCAUUCACAUCUCAGUGCAAUAUCGGCCAUCACGCAGAACCUCAACAGUGACCUCUCGAAGUUGACCUCGCCGACGGCGUUCGCUGCUGGCAGUGCACGCACAUCACGCGAAAGCUCCCAAUCACCUCCAACGGCGAACGGACUGCAUCAGCUACACCAGCAGCAACAGCACCAGCAACAGCAGCAAUAUCAUCAGCAACACUAUCUUAACCAGCAGUAUCCUCCGCAUCACCACCAUCAACAUCAUCAUCACCAGCUGGCGCUGGCCGCACUGAACAACAACAUUGCCAACGCGCUGCACGAUCAGAGCCUCAAGUUCAGCAUCGACAACAUACUGAAGGCGGACUUUGGCCGGCGCAUCACCGAUCCGUUGCUGUUGAAGCGAACGCCCAAAAGUGCACCGUCCGGCCGCAAAGCGAACGACAAAACACCGUCGGCAAUCGAUCUGAGCGGAGCGGUUGCCGGCUGUCAGCAGCAGCAGCAGCAGCAGCAACAGGAAUCGUCAGCGUUGGUCAGUACCAGCGGCACCAGUACCAGCAACAACCUCUCCGUGACCGUAAGCAAGGGCUUUUGUCCGCAGCGAAGUAGCAGCAGCAGUAGCAGCAGCCGGGCCAGUUCCGGAUCGGUCAGUUCGGUCGGUAGUGUCGGUAGUGAGGAUGUGGUCAGCCCGAUGUCGCCGCUCUCGUCGACGGGAUCGCUCAAGGGCGAAGGUGGUGGAGGUGGUGGUGGAAACAGUGGGUCCAGUGCCACGGCCAGUGCAAACAGUGCGACCAACGGUAGUAGUGGCGGUGCCGGCGCCAGUGGUACCAGUUCCAGUUCCGGUGCCAGUGCUAGCGGUGGUGGCGGUGGAUCGUCCUCCAGCAGCGGACCGAUGGUAUGGCCCGCCUGGGUAUACUGCACCCGCUACAGCGAUCGUCCUAGUUCAGAACGGAACACUCCGUUGCAGCUGACCGUCCCUACUGACAGUUACGGCUUGCACAUGGUGUAA